CUUUGGUAGGCAAAGUGUAUCGCUCUCGGAAGAUCCAUUAAGAUCCAUUCAACAAGUCUUAACUUCCUCCCGCGCUACACGUCUUGAUACAUCCUGGGCGUCACGCUUGGCGCGCGGACAAUGCCACCUCCCACCGCGCCGCAGGUCGAGUCGCGCAAAGCGCCGCUAUAACGCACACACGUACGGUGCGGGCGGAGGACCGACAAAAAAAAACGAGAACCGAGUCAGUUCAGUUCGCGAUUGCUCGUCGUAACGCUCGCAGCCACGCGAUUUUCCGCGCGCCGACCCUCGGUAUAUUAACUAUUUUUAAUACAUAUAAUGAACAUUCAGUGUAAGUGAACCCACUUCUUUCUCAAACGCUUCGAAGAUGUUCAAGAUGUGCUGGUCAACUCGUACCAGAGAUGUCUGUUGAUUCAGUUGCACGUGCUCUUACGUCGGAUGAAGUAAGCGUUCCGGGUAAAUCCAACGUCAUCACGUCGUCAGUCUUUCUCUCUGUCAUCCGACAAAUUAAAGAAGUGUGCAUCCUAAACUAACUCUCAUCCUCUUUCUUUCACACUCAAGUGUAGUGCUUUGCUUCCUAAAGGAAUCUCAAACUCGUCGAAACAGUAAAAAAAAGCAAAAAAGGGGAGUCGAUUGGCUGCCACAGCAGGCGGAAGAAAAAUGAUCCCGAGGGUUUCCCAUCGGCGUGCGGAUGCAAAGGCCGACUGCCUCCAGCAGAUCGUCAAACACAUGUCACCGGUACGAUGGAGCCGGCGUAGCUCAAGCUCGGAGGAGUCGGAGCAGCGCAACUGCUACAACGUGCAGACCUCGAGCGUGACGACCGAACGACGUUGUAGCGGUAGCAACUUCUCCUCGCAUCAGAAGAAAGAUAAGCGCAAGAUACUGGAGGAGCGACGUAGGGCGAGCGUCGAGAAACGUAAUCCACUCCUCGAUCGAGUGCGCAACACUCGGCUGAGUUUCCUCAAAGAUCAGCACGAUAAUCUCGACGACGAGGACGAUGACAAGAACCGGCAAUUCAGAUCGAUGUGCGAGCUUCGAGGCGACGAGCUUACGAGGACUGAAUUUCGACGAUCCAUCUGUGAAAAUGAUCUAAAACAUAUUAUUAGCAAGGACGACGACGAAGACGAAGAGGAGAAAGCGAAAGAUCGAAAUAGACGCUCAAAGUCGCAAAGUAGGCUACCGUGCAUUGGGCAGUCGGACGACCGAUUUGUAUUGUUCGGCUUUAAGCUGAAUGACAGUCCCAAGCCCAGAAGAAGACGCUGGCGGAAGAGCAAGGAUAUGCUCAACUCGCAAAAGAGCGACGCCGAGGGAGAACACACGAAUGACGAGAAUUUCGAGGACAAGAAUUGCACCGGGGAGGCGAAGAAAGAGAAGCCAUUUAGUAGCGUAACGCCGUCAAGUUGUUUGGCUGCUAAAUUUCGCGCGAUGCAGAACAGAUAUCUGAAGAGCUCGACAAGUAAACUGAUCGGUAAAAUUUAUAAAAAGGAAGGCAAGGACAAGGAGCGCAAACGAUUGCGAAGCUUCUCAUACGGCACACUUCCGGGGCUAGAUGAACUGCGAACCAAUCCAUUAUUCGAAGACCACGAUCAAGAACACGAGGAUAAUGACAACGACUCGGGCAUCUUGGACAAUGACUCGGCAACGAGUUCACUGCUCGACGACAGAUGCAGCAGCGUCGCCUCAGAGUCGCAGAUGAAUCACAACAAUCAUCUGCACCAUGGCACGACGUCGCCGACAACGACGGUUCUUGGAUUGCCACCCAGAGUACCACCAAGAAGACCAAGUGCGCCUCCAGCGCCGAAAAAAGAUCCGAGAGCGACUCGAAGUUCAUCGCUGCUGGACGACACUGACACGGUUUCUAAAUCAUCCCCAGUUCUAAACAAAUCUCGAAACAGCGAGCCGGAUGCGAACAAGCUCGUGGCCAUCAGGAGUAACGCGAGCAUAAAAAAGACUCUGAUAGUUAAAUUGCUGAGGGAGACGAGCGACCAGUGCCUCGGCAUCUUUAUAGCUAAGACGCCGGACUCCGCGGGCUACCUCGUUGCUCACGUCGUACCUAAUGGACUGGCUAAUAAGGAGGGUACUCUCAAGAUCGGCGACGAGAUUCUCAUUGUAAAUGGCAAGCGACUUCGCGGUCUGACAAUGCCCGAAGCUCGCAAGAUUCUAAGCAGCGGUGGUGCGCCUGGGGAAAUUGAUAUCGUCGUCUCCAGAAUGAUUCCGGCCGAUUCGCCGGUGCAGAAGCGACUGAUGGAGAGCAGUGUUGACUACGAGAAUGUCAGCAUUGAGAAUGGACACGGUGUUAUCGUUACACCUGAGGCAUCGCAUUUCAGGAAGCAUGUAUCUCGGAGACUGAAAUCAAGCAAGCUUGACGAACCCACGGAAAAAGGACCUGUCAGAGAUUCCGACAAGAACAAAUCGACGGAGAGUUUGUCUAACUUUUGUACAUUGCCCAGGAGGCCUAGAAAUACAAUGUCGACAUUCCUCACGGUGGUUUUCGAGAAAGGACCAGGAAAGAAGUCGUUGGGUUUCACAAUCGUCGGUGGACGAGACAGUCCGAAAGGAAGCAUUGGCAUCUUCGUUAAAUCAGUAUUGCCUGCGGGUCAGGCAGCCGAAGAUGGACGUUUACGCGCCGGUGACGAGAUCCUCGCGGUCAACGGUCAGAUAUGCCAUGAUCUUACACAUCGUGAGGCUGUCCAGCUGUUCCGUAACAUUAAGAACGGACCAAUCGCUUUGCAUCUCUGUCGGCGAGUUCGAAAUCGAGAUGCACAAGCGGUAAAGGCAAAAUCGUGCGCUGAUUUAUUGAUGACCGACACGUGACGAUUGCAAUUUGUACAUUCUUAUAAAUAAAUAAAAAAAGCUACGUUUUUUAAAAUGUAAAUAUUGUAAAGUUGUAAAAUUGUUGAAAAAU